AUGACUCCGCCAAUCGAAGGAAGUACUUUUUAUUCUGCUGGGUCCCUGAACGCCAUGAACGACUCGUCGUCGAUGACACCAUCCUGGAACGACACCCCGAUGGACGCGACACUGGGCCUGUUGUCAUCAUCCUCGUCGUCAUUCGGGAGCAUGCAGGGCAACGUAACUGCCAACGACACCACUGACGACAGCGACGACGAUUUCGGCCCGCCGCAACGCGUCAUCGACACCAUGGAGUUCCAGCUCAUCAUCUGGCUCGCCUACGCGCUCAUCUUCCUCGUCGGCAUCACCGGCAACAUCCUCGUCUGCUACAUCGUGUACAGCCGGAAGCACAUGCAAAACGUGACCAACUACUUCAUCACGAAUUUGGCAAUGGCGGAUAUUUUGCUGUGCGUGUUGGCAGUGCCGUUCACGCCGUUGUACAGCUUCUUGGGCAAAUGGCUGUUCGGAUCCGUCAUGUGUCGGCUGGUGGCCAGUGCCCAGGGUGUGUCGGUGUACAUCAGCUCGCUCACGCUGACGUCGAUCGCCAUCGACAGGUUCAUCGUAAUACUGUAUCCAUUUCGACCUCGCAUGCAAGUCUCGACUUGUUUGCUCAUGAUCGUGCUCAUAUGGAUAUUUUCACUCGUCGCCAUGGCACCUUACUCCAUAGCUGUUCGGAUCCGUCAUGUGUCGGCUGGUGGCCAGUGCCCAGGACGCAUGUUCGGCAUUUUCACCGUGAAGAUGCAGUUCGUCGUCCCGUUCGUCAUCGUGUCCAUUUGUUACAUGAAAAUCUCACUCGCUCUGAGCACGCGGGUGCGCAACAUGUCGAAGAGCCGAACAUCGCGCAAGGACGAAAUGGAGCGCGAACGCAAGCGGAAAACCAACCGGAUGCUCAUUGCCAUGGUCGCCAUCUUUGGCAUUUCCUGGCUACCCAUGAACCUCGUCAACUUCAUUAGCGACAUCUUCAAGAGCGCCGAGUCCUGGCCUUAUUUUCAGAUGACAUUUUCGCUGUCACAUAUGCUGGCCAUGAGCUCGACGUGUUACAACCCGAUUCUUUACGCCUGGCUCAACGAGACCUUCCGCAAAGAGUUCAAAGAAGUUCUGCCGUGCUGGCGCAGCUAUGAAGACGACAACGGACGAGUGUCGAACCGUCUCGUUGGCCGCCAGUCUCUCUACUCCAAGCCCCAUCACGUCGAAGAUGAGGAUGAAGACGCCGGCAACAACGCCACCCCGUCCCACCAUCGCCACCACCACAAUCACAACAACCAUCGCCAUCACAAUCACGGCAAGGGACUCGACGAAGGGGAUGCCGACGUAGAGACCGGCUCAGGUCACCCGCAACCUCGUCGCAAGAACACCGAGAUGAUCAGCGUAAUGAACCCCAAAUUUGGCACGACGACUACGACAAUCACGGCAAGGGACUCGACGAAGGGGAUGCCGACGUAG